AUGCAUUGCCGCACGGUGCUCUCGGGAUGGGCUCUGCUGUUGCUGGCCUCGAAAGUGCAGCUGACGGCAGCACUUCCGCCGUUGCAACAGCCACUGCAUGGCAGCCACUCCGAUCACGAUAGUGCUUCGUCCCAGUAUGGAACGCACGGCGCUGUCGCCUGUGAGAGCGCCAUCUGCUCCAAGAUCGGUGUUGACCUGAUGCGCAAGGGAGGUACCGCUGCAGACGCCUUGGUUGGUGCAACGCUCUGCGUGGGCGUCAUCGGCAUGUACCACUCGGGCAUCGGGGGCGGCGGCUUCUUGCUAGUACGCGGAUCCGACGGCAGCUACGAGGGUGUUGACUACCGAGAAACGGCGCCAGCAGCAGCGUUUGAGAACAUGUACGACGGCAAUGUUCUCGGUAGUGUAUUUGGUGGCCUUGCUGUCGCCGUUCCCAGUGAACUACGUGGGUUGGAAUACCUGCACAACAACUAUGGGGUUCUACCAUGGGAGACGGUGGUCAUGCCGGCUGUGGAGGUGGCCAGAAACGGAUUUCCAGUAUCGCACGACCUUGUCCGCUACAUGAAGUCGGCCACAGAGACGGGGGGGCCUUUUCUCACUGAUGACCCGAUCUGGUCAGAGGAUUUUGCGCCCAACGGAACGCUCCUGCAGCUGGGCGAUACCAUCACGCGCAAGCGUUACGCCAACACGCUCGAGACUCUCGCCAAGGAGGGAAUCGAGACCUUUUAUACAGGUGCCAUGGCCAAGGACAUGGUCAAGCUGAUCCGAGAAAACAACGGAUCCUUGACGCUGGACGAUUUCAAGAACUAUGAGAUCAUCAGCAAACCUGCCGUGAGCACAUUGUUCCGCGGCCGUCGUCUAUUCUCGACGAGCGCCCCCUCCUCAGGUGCUGUCGCACUGUCCAUCCUGAAGACGAUGGAGCAAUUCCCGGCGUCUGGUCCCCCGGGAAGCAGUGACAGCGAGCGGAACAACGUCAACUUGAGCACGCAUCGCUUUGACGAGGCCAUGCGUUUUGCCUAUGGCGCGCGCUCGCAUUUGGGUGACCCAGCUUACGUCGACGGCGUCGCUGCCCGCGAGGCCGACCUACUCUCGGACCAGCAUGCCAAAACUCUGCGACAAAAGAUCCGUGACGACACGACACUACCCGUCAAGGACUACAAUCCUGCGGGUAGCUAUGCCCAACCCGGCCACGGCACAAGUCAUGUUGUUGCGACUGACCGGUCGGGCAUGGCCGUCAGCAGCACAACGACCAUCAAUACGCUCUUUGGCUCGCUGCUCAUGACGCCCGACAGCGGCAUUAUCCUCAACAACCAGAUGAACGACUUUUCGAUUCCCCACUCUGACAAUGAGUUUGGCUACCCGCCGAGCCCGGCCAACUUUAUUCGUGGAGGCAAGCGUCCGCUGAGCUCAAUCACGCCCAUCAUCGCCGAGGAUGUGGAUGUGGACGCCGCCGGCGUCGCGACAGGCAAACCGGGGCGUCCGUACCUGGUGACGGGAGCGGCUGGCGGCAGCCGUAUUAUCUCUGCCACCGCGCAGGUGGCAUGGCGUGUUCUUGAACAGGGGUUCACGAUGCACGAGGCGUUGGCCGAACCGCGUCUGCACGACCAGCUGGUGCCUAACCUGGUGGCGUUUGAGGCCCUGUUCGACAAGAGCACGAUUGCGAGCAUGGUGGAGCGUGGGCACAACGUGACGAGCAUGAGCAACUAUGUGAGCUCCGCGCAGGGGAUUCGUGUGCUGCCGGACGGCGUGUUUGAAGCGGCGGGCGAGCCACGGCAGCUGAACAGCGGCGGCCACAUUUUCUAA